AUGGACGCCCUCCUCUUCACUUCUGCUGGAGUGCGAGUGGUGACAGAGCAGAGGGAAGGAGUGUGUGAGGACUGCGUGGACAUGUCAUAGUUCCCUCUGGAAGGCUGAUUCAUCCGGUUGGACACCACCAUGAGGAGCUGGUUUAAGGCUUUGCCCCUUCUGACCCUGUGGGUGGUCUACUCCGAGGCUUGGUUCUGGUCCUGGAGUGAGACCGGCACAACGUUGGCCCCCAGGUUGGAACUGGAGGGUUCUGGCAUUGCGACAGGUAGCGGAGAGCCUCCGUCUGAGAGCAGCACCACAGCUGGAGCAGAGAUCAUUGACGAAGGACACGUGCUCCAAACAGUUGGACAGACUUGGGAUGAGACCACUGAAGGUCCUCGAGUGACGACUGUAGUUCCUUCAACGCAACCAGAGAGAGGCCGUGGAGCGGGAAAAACCACCGCAGGGAUAACAUCACGCAGAAGUAAACCCGAAGACAGCGGCGUGACGCUGCUGCAGCUGAUCGGCGAUCCUCCUCCAGAGAAGAUCCCGGAGGUGGAUGGCCCGGACAACAGCCCCGCCUACCUGUUCGGCCCAGAAUCUGCCACGGGCCAGCUGGCCCGCGCCCACUUCCCCAACCCCUUCUACAGGAACUUCGCCCUCAUCUUCAGCCUGAAGCCCACCUCCGAUGAUGGCGGCAUCGUCUUCUCAAUCACUGACUCCUCGCAGCAGGUCAUGCACCUUGGCGUCAAGCUGUCAGCCGUUCAGGGCUCGGAGCAGAACGUCGUUUUGUUCUACAGCGAGGCCGGCGCCGGACAGUCCAAAGAGGCGGCCAGGUUCCGAGUACCGUCCAUGACGAAUGCCUGGAACCGCUUUGCUGUGGCUGUGAAGGACGAUAAGGCCAUGCUGUACCUGAACUGUGACGUGGAGCCGCAGGUGAUGCGGAUGGAGCGAUUGGCGGGGGAGCUGGAGCUGGAGUCAGGGUCUGGGGUGUUCGUGGGCCAGGCUGGAGGGGAGCAUCCUGACAAAUUUAAGGGUGCCAUCAGCGAGCUGCGGGUGGUGGGAGACCCGAGCGCCGCAGCUCGGUUCUGCGAGGAGGAUGACGACUCUGAUAUGGCUUCAGGAGAAGGAAGUGGCUACGAAGAAACCAGACGGCCAAAACCUCUCAGUGAGAAACCUCAACAGACGACAGCCGACGAGUCUCUUCCUCCAAUCCAACAGCCGCCGCUGGAGCAGCCCGUGCAGAAGGCGCAAACGGGUGCAGUCGCCGCUAAAGGAGAAAAAGGCGACAGAGGAGAGAAAGGAGAUCGGGGCCCGGCGGGGCCGAAGGGAGACGCAGGCUCCGGCUCCCAAGGGGGAAUCCGCGGACUAAAGGGAGAACCAGGUGAAAAAGGAGCAAAGGGCAGUGCAGGGUUUGGAUAUCCGGGUUCAAAGGGUGAACCAGGCCCUCCAGGACCACCUGGGCCCCCUGGAUCUCCAGGAGCCGCAACUCAGUAUUCAGUUGACCGRGACGGGUCGGUUGUUUCGAAGGUUCCUGGGCCGCGYGGACCGCCUGGACCUGCAGGUCCUCAGGGGCCACCAGGAGAAGAUGGAGAACCAGGUGAUCCCGGUGAAGAUGGAAAAACUGGGCCUCAGGGACCUCCAGGGUUUCCAGGAACUCUGGGUGACGCAGGAGCUAAAGGAGAGAAGGGCGACCGUGGAGAGGGCCAGCCCGGCCCCAGGGGCCCCCCAGGGCCUCCAGGACCACCGGGUACAGGAUACAGAUCUACAUUCGAGGACAUGGAGGCCUCUGGAUUCCCUGAUUUGGUCUCCGUUCGGGGACUUCCAGGUCCCCCAGGUCUUCCCGGUCCCCCGGGUCCUCCCGGUCUUCCCUCAGCAAGCACAUCCGUGAACUCUGGAGCUUUUGGGCCUCCAGGAAAAAAUGGAGCACCUGGCCAACCUGGUCUGCCUGGUUUACCUGGUGCUGAUGGUCUUCCAGGAGCUCCUGGCCCGAGGGGCGAAAAGGGGGAUUCAGGCGACCUUGGACUCCCAGGAGCAAUUGGACAAAAGGGAUCUCUAGGAGAAUCUGGUUUACCGGGACCUGCAGGAGAGCCUGGACUGGCUGGCCUGCCAGGACCCAUGGGACCAGUUGGUCCUCCUGGACCUCCUGGGCCUCCAGGACAAGGUCAUCGGGUUGGAUUUGAUGACAUGGAGGACUCCAGUGGGAUUUUCACUAAUGGACUUCCUGGUGUCAGAGGACCAGAAGGGAUACAGGGACCUCCUGGUUUACCUGGACACCCAGGUAAACCCGGUUUCCCAGGAAUUCAAGGUCCAAAAGGUGAGCAGGGUCUGGCAGGAAGAGACGGACUGCCAGGUCUGGAUGGCUUCCCCGGACCGCCGGGACAAAAGGGUGACAGAGGUGACAAAGGAGAGACGGGUGAUGCUGGUCGAGAUGGAAACGGACUCCCAGGCCCACCUGGUCCACCUGGACCACCGGGACAAAUAAUCUACCAGCCAUCUGACAACGGAGUGGCUGGUUUACCCGGUAGAGCUGGAUUUCCUGGUCCUGUUGGACCGAAGGGGGACAGAGGUGACCCUGGUUCACCAGGUUAUGGCCCGAAGGGUGAAAAAGGGGAACCGGGCCUGAUAAUUGGACCAGAUGGAAAUCCUUUGUAUCUGGGAGGCCUAACAGGCACCAAGGGAGACAGAGGACUGCCAGGACCUAUCGGACCUUUUGGUCCUCAGGGGCCCCCUGGACUGAAAGGUGAAAUAGGAAUGCCAGGAAGACCCGGUCGUCCAGGUGUGAAUGGAUACAAGGGUGAAAAAGGAGAGCAAGGAGGGGGUGCAGGUUAUGGCUACCCGGGAGUUGCCGGCCCACCAGGACCUCCAGGACCACCCGGACCUCCAGGCCCAGCCAUUUCUCUGGAUCGCUUUAAUCGCUUUGAUGAAAACUCAAGGGGUUACCAAGUGGUAAAGGGAGAAAAAGGAGAGCGUGGCGACCGUGGAUCUCCUGGGAUCCCAGGAACUGCGUCAAACUUUGAUAUCUACACAUUUAAGAAUGAGCUGAAGGGAGACCAGGGAGAUCCAGGAGUGAAGGGGGAGAAAGGAGAGCCAGGUGGUGGAUACUACGACCCACGUUAUGGAGCACCAGUGGGCCCACCAGGACCUCCUGGAAACCCAGGCCUACCAGGUCCAAAGGGAGAGUCUAUAGCUGGACCUCCUGGACCACCAGGACCUUCUGGACCACCAGGUGUUGGCUACGAUGGCCGUCCAGGUCCAGCAGGACCACCUGGUCCUCCAGGACCUCCUGGGAAUCCCUCAUUUUCUGGAACAUACAGACCUAAUUAUCCCGUCAGCGUUCCUGGACCUCCUGGUCCGCCAGGCCCCCCUGGAAGCCCCGGCCUCUCCUCUGGGGUGACGGUCUUGAGGUCGUAUGACAUCUUGAUUGCGACGGCCCGGCAGCAGCCGGARGGAAGUMUCAUUUACAUCCUGGACAAAGCAGACCUCUAUCUGAGAGUGCGCGACGGACUUCGACAAGUCCUCCUCGGAGAUUACAGGACCUUCUUUGGAGAUCUGGGCAACGAGGUGGCAGAAGUGCAGCCCCCACCGGUGGUGGUGUACCCCCACGCCCCAGAACGGACCUCCAACAACGGAGCGGGUCAUUACUCCCAGAGCAGUGCGGUUAUCCGACCCGUUGAGCCCCCGCUGCGGCACCCCAGCCCCCCUGUGGUGCCAGCUGCUGACUCGUCAGAAUCAGGACUCCACCUCGUAGCGCUGAACGCGCCUCAGAUCGGCAACAUGCGAGGGAUUCGCGGGGCGGACUUCCUGUGCUUCCAGCAGGCUCGUGCUGUUGGUCUGAAGGGAACGUUCAGAGCCUUCCUGUCCUCCAGGCUUCAAGACCUCUACACCAUCGUCCGCAGGUCGGACAGGAACGGAUUCCCCAUCAUGAACCUGAAGAACCAAGUGUUGUUCAGCAGCUGGGAGUCCAUCUUCAGUGAGGACAGCAACAAAAUGAGGGAGAAUGUACCAUUAUACUCGUUUGACGGCAGAGACAUCCUCAGGGACAGUGCAUGGCCAGAGAAGAUGGUCUGGCACGGAUCAAGCCAAAAGGGCCACCGGCAAAUGGAUCAUUACUGUGAAACGUGGCGGGCGGGCGAGCACGCUGUGACGGGCCUGGCGUCGUCCCUGCAGAGCGGCCGCCUCCUGCAGCAGACGCCCAGCAGCUGCUCCGGCUCCUACAUCGUCCUCUGCAUCGAGAACGCCUUCACGUCGCCCUCCAAAUAAUAAAUCCAUCCUCUGCA